AUGAUGACAUGUCGGCUGGGAUCUCGGCGGCUGGGCGGUUCGCGAGGGUCGCUGCAGCCCGGGACAGCGUGCUCCGCCGCCGCUAGCGAGCUGGAUCUCAGCGCACGCGCACGACGCGCUCAUAAAGCUAGGUUAAAAUUGCUGGGCGCCAGCGGCGAAGCGCCGUUGUUGGGCGGCUGGCGUAGUACGCCGCAGACGCCGCGGGCGCCCGCCACACCAGCACCGCAUCAUUCACACAACCAUCUAGCUUCAAAUUGCAAUGGAACAGAUAGUGGAAGCAGAAAUCUUCGCCGAAGAUCGACGUACACGAGCGGACGGUUCGGUUUCGGCUUAUCGUUCUCCUUUGUUUUUGACCCCGCCGGCCGUCUCUGCUACUACUGGUCGAUGGUCGUCUCACUCGCCUUCCUAUACAACCUUUGGGUCAUUGUAUAUAGAUUUGCCUUUCAAGAAAUUAAUGGUGAAACCUUGAUAGUCUGGUUCUGUUUAGACUACUUUUCGGACUUCCUAUACUUGGCGGACAUCUUGUUUCACUUCCGUACCGGUUAUUUAGAAGACGGUGUUUUGCAGACCGAACCGGCGAAACUGCGCGCCCAUUACAUGAAUUCAACCACCUUUUACAUUGACUGCUUAUGUUUAUUGCCGUUGGACUUUCUCUACUUGUCCAUCGGGUUCAACUCGAUCCUCAGAUCCUUUAGACUCGUGAAGAUCUACCGUUUCUGGGCUUUCAUGGACCGAACUGAACGCCACACGAACUAUCCUAACCUGUUCAGGUCGACUAGUUUAAUUCAUUAUUUACUAGUGAUAUUUCAUUGGAACGGGUGCUUGUACCAUAUAAUAUAUAAAAACAAUGGGUUCGGUAGUAAAAACUGGGUGUACCACGAUACGGAGACCGCGGACGUGGUGAAGCAGUAUCUACAGAGCUAUUAUUGGUGUACGCUGGCGUUGACCACGAUAGGUGAUCUGCCCCGCCCGCGCAGUAAAGGAGAGUACGUGUUUGUCAUUGCGCAAUUGCUUUUCGGCUUGCUGCUAUUUGCAACAGUGUUGGGACAUGUAGCUAACAUAGUUACAUCGGUCAGUACUGCUCGGAAGGAAUUUCAAGCUAAAUUAGACGGUGUCAAGACGUACAUGCGAAUGAGAAGAGUUCCAAAUCAUCUGCAAGUAAAAGUAAUUAAAUGGUUCGACUAUUUAUGGCUCACGCAGAAGUGUUCUGAUGAGGAGAAGGCGGUUUCCUGUCUCCCUGACAAACUUAAAGCAGAAAUAGCUAUUAACGUCCACCUGGAUACGCUCAAGAGGGUGGAGAUUUUUCAAAAUACAGAAGCCGGUUUUUUAUGUGAGUUAGUGUUAAGACUCCGACCCGUGCUAUUCUCCCCGGGGGAUUACAUCUGCAGGAAAGGCGAAGUCGGAAAGGAGAUGUACAUAGUGAACCGAGGGAAAUUACAGGUGAUGGGUGACAACGGGAAAACUGUGCUGGCAACACUUAAGGCGGGUUCUUAUUUCGGCGAAAUAUCCAUUUUGAAUAUGGGCACCGCAGAUGGCACGGAGUGUGUGGAUGACACGUCGACAGGCAACCGUCGGACAGCAUCAGUGCGUUCCGUGGGGUACUCGGACUUGUUCGUGCUGAGCAAGAACGAUAUGUGGGAUGUUCUCAAAGAAUAUCCGGCGGCCCGGGUGCGACUUGAAGCGAUAGCGGUCAAGAGACUUGAGAAGUAUCGAAGGGUGCCCUCGAACAAAGCGAUGGGUCGUUGUCAGUCGACUCCCGGCAUGCUGGAGUCUCUCGGCCAACCGACGACGAUGGACAGGCAUCGCCCACUUUUGGCACUGUCAAUGCUUUCCUCACAUGCGCCUUCUUUCCGGGACCAGGUUUAUAGUUCAUCAGUUAGCCCUCUACGCAUAGCAUCACCAGUAGCUUCAUGUGCUUCAAGCAUACGCAGUAGUGCAGUGGGGGGAGGCAGUAUGGCAACUGGUGGCGCGGUACCAAAACGGGAAACCCACGACGCUCUUGAGACCGAAAUCAAAAGACUUCGCGAACGACUCUAUACUGUUGAAACUGAAAAUGCUGCUAUGUCCGCUAAGUUGAGUCAGCAACAGUGGGAAGUUGAUCAAAGGUUACAAGAGAUCGAAAUGCAGAUCUGUGGGGGGAGCUCGCUGAGUUCGCAAGAGGAGAACGAGCGUAACCGGGAGAGCAUCAUUUAA